AUGGUGAGGCGGUGGAUCCUGGUGGUGGCGAUCUCGAGCUUGUCAUCUCGGGCGUCGACGUCGCCCCAGUCGUUCCUGCGGACCGGUGGUGCUUGGCGGACCCGCCGUUUCCCUACCUCCCAGCCGCAGCCACCCCUCUCCUCCUCGUUUUCGGUGCCUCCUCUCACCUCGAGGGUCGCGCCGCCGCCUCCCCCUCCAGAUCCGGCGCGCCCCAGCCUCCCUCCGCCACCUGGCAAGCCGCCAGUGGUCAGCCGCCGCCUACGCCGUCCUCCACAGCCACUCCCAAGCCUCCACGUGCCUUCCCCGCGCCUCCAACCGCCGCGGCCCGCGAAGCCCACGGGGAGUCCGCCCCGGGCCGCGAUCGGGCCCGACCCCGUGCGCCCUGGCCCCCUCGCCCGCUUGCCCGCUCCCUCGCUCGAUCCCCUCGCCGCCGCAUCGUCCCUGCGCUCCGGCCACGAGGGGCCUCGCCGGAGCAGGAACACCCGACCCCGCCACCUCGCAGCCUCGUCGCCGGCGAGCAACCAGCAACCCCACCGCCGCCGCCAGGAACCUCGUCGCCGGCCUCCUCGUCCUCAAGUCUCGCCGGAUCCGGGGUCCCCGGGCCCGGAUCUCCCCGUUCCCGCCGGAACCGCCCUGCGCCGCCCCGUCCUUGCCUGCUUGCUGCCGGCGCCAUCUGCGCCGCCACUCUGCCUCGUCCCUGCUCAGGAACGAGGAGCUCGUCGCCUCGCCCGCUCGUGCACGCGUGUGCGCGUGGGCCUCAAGCCGGCUCAGCCCAGCUCCCUCCAGCACGCCCCGGCCCGGUCCACCUCCUCUGCCUGCCCAAGCCUCUCCACCGACCUGGGCCAUGGCCCAUGAUGAGAACUGCAGCCCCUCCAGAUUCGGCCCGAUAGUGUUUUUUUCUCGUUCUGCGAAUUUAGCUAAUUUCCAGAGAUUAAUGUUUUACAGAAAACCCCCUAGACCUCAUGCAUGUAAUAACUAAUUAACUGUGCAUCGGAUU